CCACCUUCUGUCUGGACUACAUGCAGUAAACACAAGAUUUGUUCAGUUUAAUCAUUAUUGUAAUAAAGUUAUAGUUUUCUGAUAUCAGAGGAGAAAACAUGCAAAGCUUGGUGAUAUUUGAACAUUUUAGAGUCACAGACGUCUGACGAUUUAAUGCACAGAGAAGAAGAAAAUUGACAGAAAGAGGAUGACAGGUCGAGUGUUGGUGGAGAGUUUGGAUUUAUCAGCUCAUAGACUCUCUGUUAAGACAUCUGCUGAAGAUGAGUCCGACCACGCAGACAGCCGCGGUCAGUCCAUAUGUGAUGAUACAUCAUCAGAGUUACAGCGAAUGGCCACCCUGGAUCCCUGUCGACUAAACUCACGAAACUCUUUCAGAGGCAGAGGAGCUCUGUCCAGGUUGGUAAGUAUGGUGGUCACUCUUAGAGACUGGGCCCAUAAAAGUCUUCAGGAGGAACAGGAAAGGCCAGAUUCCUUCUUGGAGCGCUUUCGGGGACCAGAGCUUCAAAUGGCACCCAGUCGUAUAAGCAUUAAUCGACCUGAUGCCCAUGAUGGGAACAACGGCAACAAAAUCAGGAAGAAGACGGAUGUUUUCAUACUGGCACCUGCUGAUGACUUGUACUACCGUUGGUUGUUUGUUAUUGCUGCAGCUGUGUUGUACAAUUGGUGUUUUGUGGUGGCUAGGGCCUGCUUUGAUGAGCUUCAAACCAGAAACUUUAUUCUCUGGCUGGUUUUGGAUUACCUCUCUGAUGUCAUUUAUAUAUUGGACACCUGUGUACGAUUGAGAACAGGUUUCCUUGAGCAGGGUCUUCUGGUGAAGGACCUCGCCAAGUUAAGAGACAGCUAUUUUCAUACAUUACAGUUCAAACUGGACCUGGUCUCCAUUUUACCCACAGACCUUGCCUACAUCAUCAUUGGCAUUCAUGUGCCCGAGCUGCGAUUCAAUCGACUGUUGCGCUUCUCGCGUCUCUUCGAGUUCUUUGACCGCACCGAGACCCGCACGAACUACCCCAACAUGUUCCGCAUUUGCAACCUGGUGCUCUACAUCUUAGUUAUCAUUCACUGGAAUGCCUGCAUUUACUUUGCCAUCUCAAAGUCUCUGGGAUUCGGAUCGGACCAAUGGGUCUAUCCGAACAUCUCCGAUCCUGAGUUCGGGAUGCUCACGCGAGGAUACGUCUACUGCCUGUAUUGGUCCACCCUCACGUUGACCACCAUUGGGGAAAUGCCCGCUCCGGUGCGUGAUGAGGAGUACCUUUUUGUCGUUUUUGACUUCCUUGUUGGUGUACUCAUUUUCGCCACCAUCGUCGGUAAUGUAGGGUCCAUGAUAUCGAGCAUGAAUGCCACAAGGGCUGAGUUUCAAGCUCGCAUCGAUGCCAUCAAACAUUACAUGCAGUUCCGGAAGGUCAGCAAAGAGCUAGAAGCCAGAGUCAUCAAAUGGUUCGACUACUUGUGGACCAAUAAGAAAUCGAUCGAUGAGCAGGAGGUUCUUAAGAACCUGCCCAACAAACUACGGGCUGAGAUCGCUCUUAAUGUACACUUAGAAACGUUAAAGAAGGUCCGUAUCUUCCAGGAUUGUGAGGCAGGUCUUCUGGUGGAACUGGUCCUCAAGCUGCGGCCACAGGUUUUUAGUCCCGGAGAUUACAUCUGCAGAAAAGGGGACAUCGGAAAAGAGAUGUACAUCAUCAAAGAAGGUCGCCUUGCCGUCGUCGCUGACGAUGGGGUGACCCAGUUCGCGCACCUAACGGCCGGCAGCUGCUUCGGAGAGAUUAGCAUCCUCAACAUCAAAGGAAGCAAAACGGGCAACCGUCGCACGGCUAACAUCCGUAGCAUCGGCUACUCUGACCUGUUUUGCUUGUCGAAGGAUGACCUCAUGGAGGCUGUAAUGGAGUAUCCCGAUGCCAAGAAGGUUCUGGAGGAGAGGGGAAGGCAGAUCCUUUUGAAAGAAGGUCUACUGGAGGAUUUGGGAGCUGGUGGAUUGGGAGAGGAAAAGAUAGAAGAGAAAGUAGAGAGGUUGGAGGCUUGUCUUGAAAUGUUACAGACUCGCUUCGCCCGCUUACUAGGUGACUACACUGCAACUCAGCAGAAGCUGAAGCAGCGGCUCACGGCUCUGGAGUGCAGGACACAUCAGUCUGGUAGUGGCUUUCUCUCAGAUGGCAAUGACAGCACCAUUGAUGGUAAUGGUACCCACAGUGAGGUCAACAUCCAACUCUGAGCACUUUUGUCGAAAACAAAACAUUGUACGUACAGUAUUGUACGUCUUAAUAACCAAUGAUAGCAAUAAUGCUGCUCCUAAGAAUUUAUCCUUAGAUUUAAUGAUAAACGCUAGACACAACAGUGUUCUGUCGGACAGUCCAGAAUAGAUGAAUGUAACAAUAAUGUGUAAGCGAACAGUAUCACAGUCCUCUGUAAGCCCUGUUGAUCGUGCCAGUCCUUUGUCUUGUGUUGAAAUCUGGAUGCCACCAUCUAGGUUGGCAUUGUUUUCCUAGUAUUCUGACCCCUUUGCUUUGUGUGUUAUGUUCUUGUUUCAUGGUCAUGCUUUGUCAGAGAAUGAUGUUUGAGUCUUCUCCAAAGUCAUGCUGCGUUC